GCUGUUUAUUCGUACGUUUACCGAUGUAGAUAAAUUGAAACAUUAACAAAUGAAAACAAAUUGAAUAAAGUUGCGUAUAAUGAAGUUCGCUUACAGGUUUUCCAAUUUGCUCGGAGCAGUUUAUCGUCAGGGAAACUUGAAUUUCUCCAAAGAUGGCAACGCCGUGAUCAGCCCUGUAGGAAACAGGAUCUCUGUCUUCGACUUGAAGAACAACACGUCAGAGACAUUACCCGUAUCUACCACAAAGAAUAUAACGUGUGUGGGUCUCUCUCCUAACGGGAACUUGGCGAUUGUGGUGGACGAAGAUGGAGCAGCGCUGCUGGUCAGUCUCAUCACUCGAGCCGUCCUUCAUCAUUUUCACUUUCACAAACCGGUCAGCAGUAUCUGCUUCUCACCUGACGGCAGGAAGUUUAUUGUGACGAAGGAGAAUGUAGCGCUGAUGUACCACGCUCCUGGAAAGCAGCGGGAGUUUAACGCCUUUGUUUUGGACAAGAGCUACUACGGUCCGUACGAUGAAACGACCUGCGUCGACUGGACAGACGACUCCAGGUGUUUUGUCGUGGGAAGUAAAGACAUGUCGACGUGGGUGUUUGGUGCCGAGCGCUGGGCUAAUCUGAUCUACUACUCCCUGGGUGGACACAAGGACGUCAUUGUGGGCUGCUUCUUUGAGAAGGACAGUCUAGAUCUGUACACGGUGAGCCAGGACGGGACGUUGUGCGUCUGGGAGAGCGACACGGAGCUGGACGGCCUCGUCCUGAAAAAGGACCUGGACAAACCCAAGUUCCAAGAGGAGGAGGAAGAAGAGGAGGAGGAGGACAGGGUGGAGGGAGAGGAAGGGGAGGUGAUCAGAGGGAAAGUAGAAACUCCAAAAAGCAAAACCAAGACCAAGAAUGUUCGAUACAAGCAAGCGAGCAAACAUUUCUUCAACAAGGAGGGCGACUUUAACAACCUGACUGCUGCUGCCUUUCAUAAACAGACUCACAUCCUGGUCACGGCGUUCGCCUCCGGGAUCUUCCACCUCCACGAACUGCCAGAGUUUAACCUGAUUCACUCUCUGAGUAUUUCAGACCAGAGGAUCUCCUCGGUGGCCUUCAACGGCUCUGGAGACUGGAUUGCAUUCGGAUGCUCGCGAAUGGGUCAGCUGCUGGUGUGGGAGUGGCAGAGUGAAUCAUACGUCUUCAAGCAGCAAGGACACUUCAACAACAUGGCUGCCCUGGCUUAUUCACCGGACGGGCAGUACAUCGUGACAGGAGGGGAUGAUGGGAAGGUCAAAGUGUGGAACACCAACAGCAGCCUCUGCUUCGUGACGUUCACCGAGCACACCAGCAGCAUCACCAAUGUCGCCUUCACCUCCAGCGGCUUCGUCAUCGUCAGCGCCUCCCUGGACGGGACGGUCAGAGCGUUCGAUCUGCACAGGUACCGGAACUUCAGGACGUUCACGUCUCCUCGGCCCGCGCAGUUCUCCUCCCUGGCUGUAGAUGUCAGUGGAGAGCUGGUGAGCGCCGGAACUCAGGACUCCUUUGAGAUCUUCCUGUGGUCCAUGCAGACCGGCAGACUGCUAGAGGUCCUGGGAGGCCACGAGGGUCCGGUCAGCUCCCUGUGCUUCAGUCCUGUUAAGUCCAUUCUGGCCAGCGCUUCAUGGGACCGGACCGUCCAGCUGUGGGACAUGUUGGACAGCUGGCAUGCCAAAGAGACACUUCACCUCACGUCUGAUGGUUUGUGUGUGACGUACCGCCCUGACGGUCAGGAGUUAGCCGUGGCCACUCUUAACGGAGAGCUCUCCUUCUGGAACCCUCACACGGCCGCACAAACGGGCUCGGUGGCCGGACGCCACGACCUGGAGACGGGCCGCAAAGACACGGACAAAAUCACCGCCAAGCAGUCGGCCAAGGGCAAAUCUUUUACGUCGCUGUGCUACUCCGCGGACGGGGAGUCUGUUUUGGCGGGAGGGCAGUCCAAGUUUGUCUGCAUCUAUAACGUCAAGGAGCAGAUGCUCACGAAGAAGUUUGAAAUCUCCUGCAACCUUUCGUUUGAUGCCAUGGAGGAGUUCCUGGACCGAAGAAAGAUGACGGAGUUUGGGAGUUUGGCUCUGGUGGACGAAGGCGCCGGAGACGGAGACGAGGUCAACAUCAGCCUGCCGGGAGUCAGGACAGGUGACAUGAGUUCCCGUCACUUCAAGCCUGAGAUCAAAGUCAGCUCGCUCAGGUUCUCUCCGACUGGUCGUAGCUGGGCUGCCACCACCACUGAGGGCCUGCUGAUCUACUCCCUCGACGGCUCUAUGGUCUUCGACCCGUACGAUCUGGACCUGGACGUGACGCCGGCUAGCAUCCGCAAGCAGCUGCGCCUCAAGGACUGGGCGUCGGCCAUCGUGCUGGCGUUCAGACUCAACGAAAACGCUCUGAAACAGGAAGUCCUGGAAACCGUGCCUCACAAUCAGAUCCCGGUAGUUUGCGGGUCUCUGCCCGACAUUUACGUGGAAAAGCUGCUGGGCUUCGUGGCGGCGUGCUUGGAGAAGUCUGGUCACCUGCAGUUCUACAUGACCUGGGCUCAGAACUUGCUCAUGCUGCACGGGCAGGAGCUGAAGAGAAGGUCCGGGUCCAUCCUGCCUACCCUGCAGGCGCUGCAGAAGAGCAUCCAGAGACACUUUGACAAUCUGUCCAAACUCUGUGACUUCAACAUGUACAACAUCCGCUACGCCGCGGCGCUCGCGAAGCAGAGAGGCGUGAAGAGGUCUGCUGAGGAGGAGGAGGAGGAUGAAGGGUUGUCUGAGGAGAUGAGCGAGGCUUCUUUGGACGACGCAGACAUGAUCCUGUAGUCCUGAAGACAUCGAACAGUGUUUUUUUUAUAUAUAUAUUAAAGUUCUAGUCUGAUUUUUUUAAAAUAAAUGUAUUUGUAA